AUGGGAGUGAAGCAGUCCACCUUGUUCGCGUUUUCGACGGAGAACUGGGACCGGCCGGAAGACGAGGUCCAAGCCCUGAUGGACUUGGCGUUCGAAGCGAUUGAACGCGGGGUCCAACAAUUUCAUGCUGACGGUGUAAGACUUCGCCACGUGGGUUACGAGGAACGGUUGCCAGCCGAUAUGAUCGCCAAGAUCAAACAGGCGGAAAGAUUGACGCGCAACAACAGCGUUUUUGCACUGAAUUUGGCGUUCGACUACGGCGGCCGACACGAGAUCGUCGAUGCCGUCAAGAGAAUAGUUGCCGACGGCGUGCCUGCCGAGAAGAUAGAUGAAAACUUGGUAGGUCGUUAUCUCUUCACUUCAGGCAUCCCCGAUCCUGACUUGGUCAUCAGAACUGGCGGCGAGUUCCGCAUAAGUAACUUCAUGAUCUGGCAGUCGGCAUAUUCGGAGUUCUACUCGUCGCAGGUUAUGUGGCCGGAGUUUGGCGAAGAGGAGAUCGAAAAGGCCAUCGCAGCAUAUUCCGAACGGCAGCGCCGUUUUGGCAGACGUCCAAAGCAAACACAAUAG